UCCCAAUCCAGGGGAAUACACAAUACACAAAGAACAAGCGUUAGAGGAAACAUCUCAGAAUAAAACUUCGCAAGCUAAUGCAAACAGCUAACGUUUUUCCAUGGCUGCAAAAUCCCAGAACAUGGAUAACGUCUGGGGCCAUGCGGAGAUAAAUGAAAGUCAUCCAAUAGAACAAGCAGGAUCAUCAGAGAACCCCAGGACGUUCCACGUGGAACCCAUGGAAUCCAAAAAAUACCCCAAAUGCAGCAUUAGCGUUCAAGGGAUCUCCUACACUGUCAGUGAGCGUGUUGGGCCAUGGUGGGAUUUCCAAUCGUUUUUCAAAAAAUGGACAAGACAAAUAUUGAGAGAUGUUUCCUUUUAUAUGGAGAGCGGGCAGAUAAUGGCCAUCUUAGGAAACUCGGGUUCUGGCAAAACGACCCUCUUGGAUGCAAUGUCAGGAAGAAUAGGACAUAAAGGGACUUUACUUGGAGAGGUCUAUGUGAACGGGUCUCAGCUGAAGAAAGAACAGUUUCAAGACUGCUUUUCAUAUGUCCUACAGCAUGAUACAUUACUCGCCUACCUCACUGUGCGGGAGACACUGACCUAUACUGCUCAGCUGGCCCUUCAGAAGCACUCCAAUGAAAGCCUGAAGAAAAAGGUAGACUCAGUCAUGGCGGAAUUAAGUCUAACUUCUGUUGCCAACACUGUAAUCGGCGGACGUAUUUUUAAUGGAAUAUCAAGUGGCGAAAGGCGGCGUGUAUCAAUUGCAGCUCAGCUCAUCCAAGAUCCCAAGAUUAUACUGCUUGAUGAACCAACCACCGGUCUAGAUUCAAUGACGGCAAGUCACAUUGUUCUAUUGCUCUCCGAAUUAGCUCGCAAAGGAAGAAUAGUGAUCAUAUCAAUUCACCAGCCACGCUCCGAGUUAUUUAGAGUUUUCAAUAAAAUCGCAAUAAUGAGUUGUGGAGAACUUAUAUUCUGUGGACAGCCAGAUGAGAUGAUUUCAUUUUUCAAUGAUUGUGGUUAUGAAUGCCCUGAACACUCGAACCCAUUCGAUUUCUACGUGGAUCUCACAUCUGUGGACACACGAACUAAGGAACGUGAGCUGGAGACUUAUAGCCGAUCCCAGUCCAUUAUGGAUGCCUACAAAAACUCAAACAAUUUUCAAAAUACAUUGGACUUUAUAAGAACAUCGAGAACCAGUAAAGAGCGGCAAGUCAUCCCGUUUAAACGGAAAGAGUCACCUAACGAAUUCUCCAAGCUCUGGGUCCUCUUAAGGAGAACGUUCAGAAAUUUAUCCCGAAACAAGAUUGGUAUAAUCAUGCGCCUUUCCCAAAACCUUAUAUUCUCCCUAUUUAUUGCAUUUUUCCUUAUCCACCUGAAUAAUGAUGUACUUAAAGGAGCAGUACAAGAUCGACUCGGUUUCAUAUACCAGUGUCUUGGAGCUCCUUCCUACACAGGAUUGCUUAACGCAGUUGCAUUGUUCCCAGCUCUUCGUGCCAUUGGUGACCAAGAAGGCAAAGACGGCUUGUAUGAAAAAUGGCAAAUGCUCCUAGCCUACGUCAUGCAUAUCCUACCAUUCAGCAUCCUUAGUGUAGCAAUAUUUAGUGUUUUCAUUUACUGGAUCAUAGGAUUGCAUGAUGAAGCAGCACGGUUUGGAUGUUUCUUUUUUGUGAAUCUGGUUCCCCACCUGAUGGGAGAACUGCUAACUCUAGCAUUUCUAGGUGUAAUAAAUAAUCCAAACAUAGUGAACGCAGCAGUGACCUUGGUCAACAUUGCAGGGAUCCUUGUGGGAUCUGGAAUUUUAAGAAGUUUGCAAGACAUGCCUCAUGUAUUUCAACUGUUAAGCUAUGUUACCUAUCAGAAAUAUGCCAGUGAAUUACUAAUAGUCAACGAGUUUUCUGAUUUAACCUUUACCUGUGGCGAAGCAAAUGGAACAUCUGGAUUAAACCCUGAGUGUGCAUUAACUAAUGGCAAUGACUUCAUUGAGAUGACAUUUCCAGGUGCAACAUCCAGAAUCACGUUUGACUUUUUAAUGCUGUACGCCUUUAUUCCUGCUGUGACAAUUCUUUGUAUCAUAAGCUUUAAAAUCCGUGAUAUUUUAAUUCGCAGAUAGAUUGCCUAUUAAAUGAGGCACACGUUUGGAUUUGAAGAGCCAGCACUGCUGUCAGUUUUCCUGGUGUAGAUUAUUAUUAUUAUUAUUGCGGUUUUAAUCAACAAGUUGCUCCGUCUCAAAACAAGCAGCUGGAAAGCCAGUAAACGGAUUGACUUAUUCAUGCAUUGUACAUAAAUAUGAAGAAUCCUCGAAUAAUGUGUUUUUUUUUUUUAAUUUUCAUCUGGAAUAUUUGUAUUCAUAAUGAAUGCAUUUUGCUAAUACUUGUAAAUCAAUCAUGUAUAUAGACACAUGUUCCCUUAACCCAGGCCUGCACCACAUGCGCCCCCCAGAUGUUUUGAACUACAACUCCCAUGAUCCCCUGGCUAUCUGUUUCAUUUAAAAAAAACAUGGGUGUUGUCUAUCUUUUUCAUUAAAUUAAUCAUGGGUGUUGGCUGUUUUAUUCAAAGAAUCAUGGAGGUUGUAGUUCAAAAACAUCUUGGGGGCGGGGGGCGCAGGUUGUGCAGGCCUGCCUUAACCUAAUGUUCUACAAUGAUUGUAUUAUUAUUAUUUUAUUGAAUAUGUUAUAUAUAUGUAUUUACAAUUUACAAAGAGAGCACCAUACUCUAGAUGUUAUGGUCAUAACAUGAUUAACCUGCCCAAGUGCUAAAGAAUCAUAGGUAUAACAGAUUAUAAAUAUUAAUAAACUAUAUAUUACAGGGAAGGACAACCAAUACAAAAGUCUUAUACUUAUAAAAGCAAAACUAUGCAGGGAGAAGCAUAUAUAUCACUCCUUAAUGAUCAACACAACACAACUUAAAUCUCAAAAGAGCAGAAAGUUUUAUCCUGCUUUUAAAAAUGGAUUGUCUAAAUUUUUGCCGGUUACAGGAUGCAUAUUACAAGGAGCACCAUUAUGUUUCAAAGCCAAUAGUUUUAAAAAUUUUAAAUGCUGUGACUGUAAAUUUAGAGGGACACUCCAUAGACUCCAUCUACCUAUGUUCCCCAAAUAGUUUUUUUAGUGCAGGGAGCUAACCUACCCCUCUCUCCCUUCAUUCUAAUUAUUAUAACUGCAGCAAUGGUAGCAAACCCAUGCAAAAUUUUCAUGUCCGUACUGUACAGGUUGUAACUACCUUAUAAGGGCAUUCUCACAACUAGAAAGCAUUCUGAAUAGCUUGGAGCAUGCAU